GCCCCUCCUUACUUUAUACCUAACAACACUCGUUCCCAUUGCGCAUGUCGCCUUCUUGUUUUAGACUUCAAGUUCUGGUUUUGCCGUUCGCAGACUACAGUCGUCAGUAACCAUGGACUCUACCGUCAUAGCCAACGGCGGAUUCGCCGCCGCUCUUAUGUCGUCUCCGGCGUCGAUGACGGGGCGGUUCGCCUCUGUAUACAGCGAAGUACAGACAAGCCGUCUUGACCACCCCCUCCCCCUUCCUUCUGUCCUCAAAAAACCGUUCAAGAUCGCCGACGGCCCCCCUAGCUCAGCCGCCGGCAACCCAGAUGAGAUUGCUAAGUUAUUUCCGAAUGUGUUCGGGCAACCAUCGGCAAUGUUGGUGCCGAGCGAUUUGGGUGCAAAUGGGUUGGAUAAGAGGCUGAAAAUCGGCGUCGUUUUGUCUGGAGGCCAGGCUCCGGGAGGGCACAAUGUCAUUUCUGGGAUUUUUGACUACUUGCAGGCUCGUGCAAAAGGGAGCACACUAUAUGGUUUCAGAGGAGGUCCAGCUGGGAUCAUGAAGUGCAAAUAUGUAGAACUAAACUCGGAAUAUAUUUACCCAUAUAGAAAUCAGGGUGGUUUUGAUAUGAUUUGUAGUGGGAGAGACAAAAUCGAAACUCCAGAACAGUUUAAGCAAGCUGAACAAACGGCAUUGAAGCUUGAUUUGGAUGGUCUUCUUGUUAUUGGUGGGGAUGACUCAAAUACCAAUGCUUGUCUCCUGGCAGAAAACUUUAGGGCAAAAAAUAUGAAAACUCGUGUGAUUGGAUGCCCAAAAACCAUUGACGGAGAUUUGAAAUGCAAAGAGGUGCCUGCAAGCUUUGGAUUUGAUACUGCAUGCAAGAUAUAUGCAGAAAUGAUAGGAAAUGUAAUGAUAGAUGCUCGCUCAACAGGAAAAUACUAUCACUUUGUACGACUCAUGGGACGUGCAGCCUCGCACAUUACACUGGAAUGUGCUUUGCAGACGCAUCCAAACAUUACCAUUAUUGGAGAAGAGGUUGCUGCCAAGAAGUUGACUCUGAAAAGUGUUACAGACUAUAUUGUAGAUGUAAUCUGUAAACGUGCAGAAUUUUGUUAUAACUAUGGAGUCAUACUUAUUCCAGAAGGCCUUAUUGAUUUCAUUCCUGAGGUGCAGCAACUUAUAGCAGAACUGAAUGAAAUUCUAGCUCAUGAUAUCGUAGAUGAAGGGGGGCUCUGGAAAAAGAAACUUACAAAUCAAUCUCUGCUGCUUUUUGAAUUUUUACCUCAGGCAAUUCAGGAACAGUUGAUGCUUGAAAGAGAUCCACACGGAAAUGUCCAGGUUGCUAAAAUAGAAACAGAGAAAAUGCUUAUUCAAAUGGUUGAAACUGAGUUGGAGAAGAGAAAGCUGGAGGGUACAUAUAAUGCUCAAUUCAAAGGCCAGUCCCACUUCUUUGGGUAUGAAGGGAGAUGUGGCUUGCCUACUAAUUUUGAUGCUGCAUACUGCUAUGCAUUGGGCUAUGCUGCUGGUGCUCUUCUUCAUGCUGGAAAAACUGGUUUGAUUUCAUCGGUUGGGAAUCUGGCUGCUCCAGUUGAAGAAUGGACUGUUGGUGGAACUGCAUUGACUUCAUUAAUGGACGUGGAGAGAAGACAUGGCAAGUUCAAGCCUGUGAUCAAGAAGGCAAUGGUGGAGCUUGAAGGUGCGCCAUUCAAAAAGUUUGCAUCUAUGCGGGACGAGUGGGCCAUCAAGAAUCGAUACAUCAGUCCUGGCCCCAUUCAGUUUAAUGGCCCAACAUCAAAUGCUGUUAAUCACACACUGCUGCUGGAACUAGGAGCCCAAGCUUAGGCAUACGUUGUAGCCUUAUGGCUCCUGCCUGGAUGGAUUGCUCAAUUCUCCAUGAGAAGAGAGAAGCAGAAAUUAGUCAAGUUGUGCAUCCCCUGUGAUCUUGGUUAGGUUGUCAACAUGUUGAUCUGAGUUUUGUUGGAGAGGGUGAUCCCAGGAAUUCAACUUGAGAUGUUUAGUAUUCGGUAUUUUUAUUUAAUUUUAUUUUGUCGGGAUUGCCUUGGUUAAAAAUACUAUUGCCUGAUAUUUUGUUUC